GGCAGAUGCUGGACUUUCCAGCAGCUGUGAUAUGAAAUAGAUUUGAUAUAAAUGUACAGCUCUGAAUGAGGUCAGCUUCACAACAUGAGAAGGCAUGAAAUGUGACUUCAUGCAAGCGACUUUACAGUAAAUAUAUUGGGGUAUAGCAUAGCUGUCACUAUGGCAACGAGCGCUGUUCCCAGUGACAAUCUCCCCACGUAUAAGCUGGUAGUGGUGGGGGAUGGGGGAGUGGGGAAGAGUGCUCUCACCAUUCAGUUCUUUCAGAAGAUCUUUGUCCCUGAUUACGACCCCACCAUCGAGGACUCCUACCUCAAACACACUGAGAUUGAUGCCCAGUGGGCCAUAUUGGACGUUCUGGAUACAGCAGGCCAAGAGGAGUUCAGUGCCAUGAGGGAACAGUACAUGAGGACUGGGGACGGGUUCCUCAUCGUGUUCUCUGUCACAGACAAGGCCAGCUUUGAACAUGUGGACCGCUUCCAUCAACUCAUCCUCAGGGUGAAGGACCGGGAAUCCUUUCCUAUGGUUCUUGUGGCCAACAAAGUGGAUCUGCUGCACUUACGUAAAAUACCCAGUGAUCAGGGGAGGGAGAUGGCUAGUAAACACAGUAUAGCUUACAUUGAAACCAGUGCUAAGGACCCAGCCAUGAAUGUUGACAAGGCGUUCCACGAGUUAGUUAGAGUAAUCAGGCAACAGAUUCCAGAGAGGAGCCUGAAGAAGAAGAGGAAAACCAAGUGGCGAGCCGACAGGUCCACUGUCUCCCACCGACUGCACUGUGUUGUCCUAUGAUGGUUUUUACUUGUACAGCUGCUCCCUACAGGACAGGGGGAAGAUGAUUACAUUUAGGAGUGUUUACUCUCUACACAGAGUUCCAGGAGGCAGUUUGUACCCUCUAUCCUGGCACAUGAGUUAGGUGGAAGGGUCAGGUCCAACAGCACAGGAGUUUCCCAGACACGGGAUGUGACUGACUCGCCCUAAAAGGACGAGUGGAAUUAUUUACAGCUCUUCUGGGAAUGUGCACUAACUUACUCAACUACAUGGUGAUAAAGUGGCAUCAAUACUGCCUUUAUCUACCAAUGAAGCUCUUUGGCAGAGAAACUGGACAUAUGGGCUCACAAAGAUAAUCUGUAAAUAAUUAGGACAUACUGUAGCAGGGUCACACAAACAUCGUUUUACUAAGAGGUAGGCCUUUAAAACUUGGUCCUUGUUGUUUUUAAAUGGCUUUCUUGUUAUAGUCCCUAUCAUUAAGAUGGAGGCCAUUGCGUAAAGCACUGGAAGGAGGGAGGAAACUGAGAGCUUUCCCCAGUGAGGGGGAGUAUAUUAGAGAGGGGAGUGAGAGGAGGGGAGAGGAUGUGUCUGUUUGUGUUGGAAUCAGUGGGCCUGUCAGACAACAGAGAGAAGAAGGGAAAGUGAGGAAAGAGACACAGAGAGAGAAAGAGAGAUUCCAAAUGGAUAGCAUCUGGCAAAGGGACUCCAGACAUUGUGUCAAAGCCUGGGAGGCAGCCAAUGUGUAGCCCCAUAAUUUCUACAUGGAGAACGUCUUUAUAAUCUCCGAACAAGACUGUCAUAGAACUGUAUUGUAGCUUAUUGAACACACCAAAUGUCUUAUUUGAAUGUACACUUAUGAACCGUGACCAUUUUGACUCAUCAGUGCUCACUGGAUGUAGUUGUGCACUUCUCAAAACGCUUUAAACACACUAUUGUGGUGUGUGUGUGUGCGUGCGUGCGUGAGUGCCCUGGAUAUGAACAUGUCCUAGACGAUGAAAUCUAAUUUUUACAUGUGAAUAUUAGAUUUCUUUGCUACUAUUUCACUAUUUAUUUUAUAUAAGUAAUUUAUUGCUGUGUUAUCAUUAGUACAAGGCUACCCCAGAGAGGCACAAAGCACAGAGCUUAACUAAGAAAUUGAUGGAACAAAAGACGUGUAGGCAAAGUAUAAAUGUGUGUUAAUACA